AUGGCUGCUCCAGCGAUUACCGGCCAGCAGGAGCCUCUUUAUUCGCACAACGGCCAAGACCAGAAUACUAAGUCUCCAUCGCCCCAGCCCCAUUCCCAGCAUCGUCGCGGUUACCAGGCCUGCGACCCGUGCCGAAAGCGCAAGGUGAAGUGCGACCUUGGCAGUGUGGAUAAUCCUCGGCCUCCGCCUUGUGUACGAUGUCGUCGCGAAAGCAAGCGCUGCGAGUUCUCCGCGACGAGGCGCAAGCGCAAGCCCUCGGAUGCGGACGAGACCGACGAUGCUGCCCUUCGUCGCGAUAAGCGCAUGAUGGUCGGAGAGGUCAUUUCCAGCCAUGGGUCCAACAACAGCGAUGGUUCGCCCUAUGUGCCCUCUCUAGAACCCGCCUCUGCUUCUACUGCGGCUGCUGCCACGACUACUUCCACUGCCCUCGACAAUAACACCCCCGGUCAUCCGCGACUCAAAUGGUCGGAGGGUUCGACUGCGGCUGGUCAAUUACCGCCGUCGACUGCCGGCAGCCAGCGUUACACUACCACCUCCACCACCACCACCACCAACAACAACACGACCGCCACCCAGUCCACGACGGCGGCGCAUUACGCGGAUGCACGAAGUAACCGUCUGUCGGUCUUCUCGGCGGGCGAACGGAGCCAUGCGCCCAGUUUCAGCCUCGAGGGCGGCCAGCCCAUGAUGAACCGGACCGCCGUCGAGCUGCUGUCGCCGGCCAUCAGCAAUAGCCACGAUGCGCUGCACCUCUUGUCCGAAGCCGCCGGGCGCACGGAAGACCUCAAUCGCCAGAGUCUAGAGAAUCGGUACGGAGCGCGACAGUCGGUCUCGUCAUUCAAUUCGCCCAUGUCCCCGCUCACUCAGGCCGGCACCCCGCGCAGCGCGGGCGGCUCGUUUUCGAGGCCCGCUCGCUCAGGUACCGUCCCGAUUGGAGGGUAUUAUCAGGCUGGGGGCUCCGGGGCGAUGGAUGCGCAGCAUUCUGAUGGUCGUGGUCAGGCGGACUCUACGGAGAAUGCGCCCGACCCCGGUUUUGCAGAUGCGGUCAAGGCAUGGUCGCGAUUGCGCUUCGUCCGCGCCGGCUGGCUCACGGUUGAAGAGGCUAUGGCUUAUGUUGCGUACUAUUACGAACAUCUCGCCUCCUUGAGUCCUAUCGUUAUUCCGAACUUCUCACACCCGGCAACCCACCGGAGCCUGCUCACGGAUGAGCCUGUUUUGGCGGUGGCGAUCUUGACGACUGCGUCGCGGCAUAUGAAGCCGAAAGGCGAUGGGGCAUAUACACGGGCUUUCUACAUCCAUGAUCGGCUUUGGUCGUAUCUUCGCGGCAUGAUCGAGCGUCUCUUUUGGGGCCAGGAGAAGUUCGACAAUAAUGGCAUGGGAAUCAGCCGGCCGCGAUCAUUUGAUCUUGCGCCGACCUCGGCCAAAGUGAACCACAAAGGCAACCUCCGGUCGCUUGGGACGAUCGAGGCGCUGCUCAUCCUGACUGACUGGCAUCCGCGGAAUCUGCACUUCCCCCCUGGUGACGAUGAGAACGCUCUGCUGGAUCUGGACGCCCAUACGCAGAGUCGGUACGAGAGAGAGCUGGAAACCGAUGCGGAGAACCCGGCGAAUCGGGCCCCCAACAAUGCCGCGGAGGGUCGACUGGCCUUUCAGAAAUGGCUCGAACCCGCCUGGCGGUCGGACCGCAUGGCUUGGAUGUUGUUGAGUACUGCACAGGCGCUAGCCUUCGAGCUGGGCGUGUUUGAUCCGAAGAACGACGCCAAAGCGGCCGUGGAACCUUUGUCGGAGCAGACCCGCAAGCGCCGUCUACGCCGGCUGAUUCUCGUCUACAUCACGCAGAGCAGCGGUCGUUUGGGCAUCCCGUCUAUGCUUCCCCUCCCGCAAUGGACUAGCGAUAUCCAGCCGACCCCUGUGACGGGCGCCAAGGGCAGCGACACCAUCGUCGAUCGCAUGCAUGACUGCUGGAUUGGGAUCUCGAAGAUCAUGUAUCAGAGCAAUCAGUUACUCUUCGCGUCCAACGAGCAGACGUCGGAGCUUAUUCGGAGUGGGCGGUACCGUGAUCAGAUUGACCGGUUCCAGCCUUUCCUGCGGGAAUGGCGACAUAACAUCGAUACUAUUGAUUUGGCCCCGCCUAUGAGGAAUAUCCUGAUGAUUGAAUACGAAUAUACUCGGCUUUAUGUCAACUCUCUAGCCCUCCAGGCGGUGGUGGAUCGGUGGACGACAAUGUCCAAUGAAGCGGCCCAGAGUCAGAUGUCGAGACCAAAUGCGGGCCCGUCGGCGAGCGGUGUCGGGUUUCACGUGCUUAUGGAGCUGUAUCGCGUCAACGAGCCUUACAUUCAGGAGGUGGUGGACGCAUCACGUAAGAUUCUGCAGACCGUGCUUGAGGUGCUUGUGCCCGGGGACCAUCUCAAGCAUGCGCCCGUCCGGACAUGCUUCCGAAUUCUGUCUGGGAUGAUCUUCAUUCUCAAGACUUUUACUCUGGGUGCCAAGGAAGACGAUGUGCGCGUGUCCUUGGACCUUCAGGACCGUACAGUUGAGGCACUGCGGACCUGCGUGGUUGACGAUGUCCACCUCAAUCACGCCAUUGCGCGACUGCUGGAGUUGCUGACUACGAGCAUCCGCACGCGAUUCCUGCGAUUCGCCCCACUGGACCGCGGUGGUGACGGGGAGCAGGAACGGCCGUCAGCGCCGGUGUCACGACAUCAGUCGCCGCGGCCGCGCGACGGGGUCCCGGGCCGUCGCGAGGGGUCCAGUCACACCUGGACGCCGGCGCAGAACCCGGCGCAGAACCUGGGGUAUGUGGACGGGACGAGCCAGACAGGGACCAGCAUGAGCUCGGUGCAUGACCCUUUGGCGGCAAUUCCGGCGCAGUCGAUCAACUCGUCACACAUCAACGUCUCGUUCAUGCCGCCUCCGCCGUCGAUGUACCACAACUACUAUGACCCUAGCGCGACCCCGCCUGCAGGGGAGAUGGAGGGGUCGGCCAGCAUGCCCUCGCAGUCGAUGGCGGCGGACAGUGCCGCGAACACGUCCGGCGGACUCCCGGACUGGUUCGCGCUGCCCCUGGAUCAGUUCUUCAACAGCUCGACCGCGGUGGUGGACCAGGGACUAGGUGGCACAGGCCCGAUGGUGGGCGAGUUCGACAUGCUGGAGGUGUUGCUUAAUGAACAGUACGACGGUGGGAACGGCGAGGGCGGCGGCGAGGCUGCUACCGGGGCUAAUCUCCCAUCGCAUUUCCUAUCGUCGUGAAUAUUUAUCUUUGUAUCUAUCGGAUAAGGAUUGAAGCGGGGUUGGAUAAGGGAAUGACUGUACGAAUUACGAUCACAUUGUUUCUUGUAGCUUGAUUGGGGUUUAUUGUUUGCAUUGGAUGGGGGAGUAUCCAUGGCGAUGCAGGUCUCAGAUGCGUCAUUUACGG